AUGGCACCCCACCCGGCUGCGUCUAGUGGUGCGGAUCUUGUCCCCAGGGGCCCGACCCCUACAAGUACCACCACGCCUGGGAUGGACAUGGGCGCUGGCGCUGGCGCUGGCGCUGGCCUCGCUGCUGUCGCUGGCUCUGGCUCUGGCUCUGGCCCUCAUGGUACUUGUAGCACGACUCGUCGCCGGCCUCCUCCCUCGCGAACGCUGUUCAACCACUUCCAUCAACGCCCUCGCCCACCGAGCACCAUGUCUGCCCUCCGCCCAAACCAGAGGGAGAAGGCGGCUUCCAAGCACGGCUCGUCUGGCAUCGCCGCUGGACUCGCAAAUGGCAUCGCAAACGGUCUCAUUGACCCCACCAAGCUGGGCAAAUACCCCGUGCUGCUGAGUGAUACCCUCCUCGGCCGCACCCAGAAGGACGUCUUCACCAGCGUACGAUACAACCACAAGCCCCAGCUGUCCUCCGACCAGGCACCUGCCCUCGCGAGGCUCAAACCCGAAACCCCCGGCACCAGAGACAACUUUGAGCUCUCGUACAGCGACGCCGGCGGCACCUAUGGCUACGCUGGAACUCGCUCCACCGACAGUAACCAAUAUGUCCUCUACUUCGACGACGCCAAGAAGGCCUUCAUCCUCGACCGCGUCGACUCGACCUUUAACAUGAACCUCACCCGUACCCCCGAGACCACCGACCCCGAACGCCUGCGUCAACAGCGUCCGCGUUGA